AUGUCACGUCACAUGAUCAUUGUGACGUACCAGCAAAGUUUUCUCUUCAUUCCUCGUCCGGCUACGGCAUGUUCCCAACAUAAAGCGCAGGGGUCACUAAGUGACCUGUCUCAGAUUCAAAAAAGGUCCUACAGGGGCGCUUCCACUGAAGGCAUCGGCAGGUGGCGGCAUCUCCUACCUAAAGAAUUGCCCAAGAAAAAGAAAGACAAACAUCAGAUGCCCAACAUCUCGGCAGCUACAGACACAGCGUACCGUACCCUCAACGUCAACGUGUCGGGCUACGACAUGACGGCGGUGGAGCACUUCGCCCAGUACGUCCACAAGCUGUGCAAUCGACUCGGAGUUAGCGUAACAGACAGUUAUGCGCUGCCUACCCAAAGCACAGAAGUGAUGCUCAUGCAGGAGGGCGGCACCAAGAUGUACGUGGACUCGCUUCUGAAAACGCACAAACGUGUCAUUCAGUUAAACAGCCUGACAGCAACGCUCGGUCCUAUCUUGAUGGAUGUCCUCGUGAAGAACCAACCGGAGGGUGUCGACCUGUCGGUAAAUGAGCACACGGAGGCGGACUUCCUGGCCCGUUUCAAAGCUCGACCCGAGCUGGAGGGUCUCAUGGCUCAGAUGAACCAAUAA